GUGGGAGUGUCGGACCACCUCGACGUUUUCAACUUGGCGAGCGGGGAGAUUGGGUACCGCAAGCCCCAGCUGAUCGGGCGCUACUGGGACGACAUGAGCGCGGAGCAGCAGCACAACAACCGCAAUAUCCCUCUGGAGGGGAGCCAGGCCUUCGUGGGCGAGGUUCGGGCGCCUUUUAUGGUGCGCCCGGAGCUGCGCGAGACGGUCUCGAGGGAGUUGGAGCGUAUGUCCAGCAUCAAGAAGAACGCCAGGAAGCUCAGGGAGGAGCAGGCCGCCGCCCCCAAGGCAAAGCCCGCUCUUCCCAAGGGAUCACGGUGCUGGGACCGCCGCCGGGAUGGCCUCGGCCCGGCGGCGGAACUUCAGAGAGGUUGGUGGAUAGCGACGGACGCGUGCAGCGGUCGCUUCAACCCUUGCCAGUCCCUGACUGGCGCGGGGCCCCCGGGCGAGCUCCUUACGGAGCUCGUGGUGGCGCUCAACCAGCUGGAUGCUGGCUCGGACUUUGUCCGCAGACAGUGCGAGGGUGAGCCCAGCAGGAUGCAGCAGCUACGCAUGGAGCGACGCGCCGAGAGCUGCGCGGCGAUGGGCGCUCCACCUUCCGACAUGUCGACCGAGGUGGCCCUCCGGGAGCUCCAGGUCGGCACCGCCUACGGGGACUGCGACCCCGUCACGGCGGCCCCCUUCGUGCACGACCUCGUCUCCUUGCCGGCUGUCGGUGGCGCCCCGGCGCCGCUGGGCCAGCUGCUCGGGAAGGGCGGUCCAGAAAUCGUGCGGAGGUUCAUUGCUACCAAGGUUUUGUCAAAUCAGGACGCCGGCGCGAGCUUCAGUGCCAUGGACCUGCAGGAGGGCGAGCAGUCGUGGACCGGAGGCGUGGACAUCGCCGACGCCUUCUACAACAUGGGCUUGCCGAGCGAUUUACGACGUUACUUUGCUCUCCCUCGGUUGCGUGCGGGCGACCUCGGACUCAAGAGUGUCGAGGGCCAGUCCGUGCUGAGCCGAGCGUGGGUUCGGCCGUGCCUGGCGGUCUCGCCGAUGGGAUGGUCGCGCGCUCUCGAUUUCUGCCAGAGAGUGCACCGGGCGAUAGUGCUGGGAAAGGGGGACCUCUCCGAGACAGCUGAGAUCGUCGACGGGCGCCCGCCAGCAGAUGUGAGUGAGGGGGCUUUCGCGGCCUACGUGGACAAUUUCGUUGCCUUCGGCACGGGGCCCGAGAGGCCUGCGGCUAUGCUGGACGCGGCUCGGAAAGCCCUUGAGGGCGCGGGGCCCCCGGUGCACCCGACCGAGCCCCCCGCCACCGUCUCGGGGCAGUUGGGCUGGGUCUUCGACGGGGAGCGCGGGGCCUUGCGCCCCAAGAAUCGCCGUGUCUGGAGAUUGAGGCUGGGGCUUCUGGAACUCUUGAAGAAGGGGUACGCCACGGGCCGCCAGGUCGGGGAAGUCGCUGGACACUAUGCCUUCAUCGCCCUCGCUCAGAGGCCUAUGCUUUCUGUCUUCAACGCUGUCUACAGUUUCUCCCGGAAGUAUUUCUCGCGGGUCAUGAAACUCCCGCCAUCGGUUCGACGUGAACUUCAAUGGGCUGCUGCUCUCCUCCCCCUUGCCUGGUCUGAUCUGCGUGCACCGCGGGGCUCCAUGGUGCACGCGAGCGACGCGAGCGAGGAGGGGGGAGGGGUCUGCCAGAAGGAGGUUGACGUCGAUAUCAUCAGGGCUGCGGGUCGUGAUGAGGAGAGGUGGAGGUUUCGUCAUCCUGGAGUUUCUCGUCCUCGUGAUUGUCUCGGCGGGCCCGGGGACCCCGUGGAGGAGCCGAAGAUCGCCCCUGUUCGCUGGAUCCCGUCCGAGCGGAACGUCGCGGAUGCGCCUUCGCGACGCCGCAUCCCUCUCGGCGCGUGGCUCGACGGGCCCAAGGACGGUGAUGAGCCGGACCUCGCCUGCUGGGGCGUCAGGGGCGGGAGCCGCCGCAGCCAGCUCGCGGACUGCGAGGCAGCGGGAGCAGAGCUCGACGAGUUGGCGGCCCGCGGCGCCGCCACCGGGGCUGCCCUCGCGGCGUGCCGGCGGGCGCGGGCUGCGCCCCUGGUCUUGAGGGCGACCUUGCUGCAGGGCGCCUCGGUGAGGUCGAAGACGGUUGCGCAGUACGUCCCGCUGUGGCAGGUCGCCCUCCAGACGUGGCCGGCGACUGCACUCGCGGUGGGCGCCGCCCGAGUGCUGCCCAAGGACGACAUGGGCGGCCGCCUCGCGAGGUGGGCGGGCCGCGGGUUCCUCGCCGGUGAGCUCUCGCAGCGCGGGGCCGAGGCGAUGGCCGCGGUGAGGUUCCUCAGGCCGCAGUCCAGCCGAACGGGCUACCAGUCGCUGCCGAAGGCGACGCAGGUCGUGUCGCUGUUCGAGCUGGAGCUGGCCGCCGCACGCUUCUGGGCGAUGGCCGCCCGGGGGGUCAGCACAUGCCACUGCUUCCACGGGCGCGGCGAGCUGGGGCAGGGAACGCCGGACAUGAUCAUCGCGCCCACGCCAGGCAUGCACGCGCGCGGCCGGGCCAUCGAUCUGCGCCCGUCCGUGGAGGAGGCAAGCAUCAAGACGGGGAAGUUCGACGAGACCGUGGCGUUCGACCUCGCGGCGUUCGGCUUCCUCGACAGCGCGCCCGC